GCCAUUGCCAGCUGUGGGUGCAGGCCAGGAGGGAAGCCUCUGCUCUGCACCACUGUACCCACCACAGCUGAAGUCGCUCCUGUGAUUGCCAUUCAAGCUUGGACAGCCCUGGCACGUAGGGCCGAUGGCCACCACUCCACAGCUCAGGAAAAUAAGAGCAGAAGCCAUUUCUCCUCAAGAGGAGAAUUCUGAAUCCCUGAAUGAGGCUGAGACUUUGAAUCCAGAAGCUACACUAUCUUUGGAGGGGACUGUGAACCUGGAAGACGUUCUCUACCUUGGGGACACAGGUGACUUUGAAGAGACACUUUAUGUGGAAGAGCCUGAGAAUCCACAGGAGACACUGUAUAUUGAGGAGACUGGGCAGCCAGAGGCGGCACUAUUUGUGGAAAAGCCUGAGUGUCCAGGGGAGAUGAAGUAUGAGGAGACUGUGAAGCCAAAUGUGGAACAGCCUGUGGAUCUAGCAAAGAGCCUGAGCCCAGAGCAGAUUGUGUGUGAGGCAGAGAUGACUGCAAGGGAAGAAAAAUCCAACCCUGAGGAAAACCUCAAACCUGAGCAGAGCUCCAGCCCAGAGGAGAACCUGAGCAUUGAGGACCUGGAACUGCUAGAGGGUCGUUUCCAGCAGUGUGUGCAAGCAGUGGCCCAGCUGGAAGAGGAGCGGGAUCAGCUCAUCCAUGAGCUGGCGCUGCUCCGAGAACCAGCCCUGCAGGAGGUACAGCAAGUCCAUCAGGACAUCCUGGCUGCCUACAAGCUGCACGCACAGGCAGAGCUGGAGAGAGAUGGGCUGAGGGAAGAGAUCAGGCUGGUCAAGCAGAAGUUAUUCAAGGUGACAAAGGAAUGUGUGGCCUACCAGUACCAGUUGGAGUGUCACCAGCAGGAUGUGGCUCAGUUCACUGAUUUCCGGGAAGUGCUGAACACAAAGGCAGCCCAGCUGUCUGGGGAACUGGCCCAACUCCAGGAUGCCUAUCAGAAGCAGAAGGAGCAGUUAAGACAACAACUAGAAGCGCCUCCAAGCCAGAGGGAUGGGCACUUUCUCCAGGAGAGCCGGCAGCUGUCUGCCCAGUUUGAACAUCUUAUGGCAGAGAACCGCCAGAGCCUGGAGGAGGAAUAUGAGCCUCAGCUACUGCGGCUCCUGGAGAGGAAAGAAGCGGGGACCAAAGCUCUGCAGAAAACCCAGGCCGAGAUCCAGGAGAUGAAGGAGGCUCUGAGACCCCUGCAAGCAGAGGCCCAGCAGCUCCACCUGCAAAAAAGGAACCUGGAGGACCAGAUCACGCUUGUGAGGCAAAAGCGAGAUGAAGAAGUGCAGCAGUACAGGGAACUGCAAGAGGAAAUGGAGGAACGAAAGAGGCAGUUAAGAAGCGGGGUGCAACUCCAGCAACAGAAGAACAAAGACAUGGAGCAGCUAAGGAUCGGUCUUGCGCAAGAGCUCUCAACAUAUAAGGCUAUGCUUCCCAAAAGCCCGGAACAGGCUGAUGCUCCCACUUCUCAGGCAGGUGGAAUGGAGAAACAGUCUCAAGGGGCUGUUUAGAACUGUAUGGCAGAAUCUGCAACACAGAAACCACCAAAAAUACUUCCUAGUAAAGAUUUAAUUACCAAGUACCCUUUGGACAUACCUUUUCCCAAACAGACAAGGAAUGCCAGAAAUUGGCAAGCAAAUGACCCUGUGAAAAUUGCAAAUACUGGCUAAAGUGAUUCUAUCAUUGGCUGGUAAAACACAAGCCAACUCUUAGCUGGACUUUACUUCAUAGGCCACUGGUAUUUGCUGACCUAAAUACGCUGAGGAAUGGAAAAAUGCCUCAUCUUCUAGCAGCAACCCUCACAUGCAUGCUGAGUAAAGGAUAAGUGUACAGAUAUAUCUUGCAGUAUUACGAAGAAAUGUAUCUUGCCUUGUGUUGACCCAAACAAAAAACAUUUGGGGAGACAAAAAGACAGCCAAUUUUCCUUAUAUGGGUUUACAACUCAAAUUCUUUUGUACCAUGAGUGUUAAGAUUUUAAAUGAAUCUGCUUAUAAAGUUUACUUUUACUUAAGGAUUAUGCAGACUCAAUGUACUCUUAAAUUUUUUGUCAAGAUAAUUUUCACAGUACUCUAAGACAACCAGAAAAAGGAACCAAUUCAGAUCUGAAUGUAAUGCUUUAAAACCACUGUAUUUAGAUUUUUCCCAAAUGACUGGAAGUGAAUUUUGGGUCAGAAUGAUCUAUUCAAUCAAAAACAAAAACUGAAUGACUGAAAAGAACUAAUGAUUUUAUCUGGUUAUGGCUCAGGAUGAUACAGGCUUUCAGAGCCUAUUGUUUUGAUCCUCUAAGUACGGGUCCCAGUGAAAACAUACUGGAGAGAAUCAACCUCUUUGUGAGAAGAGGUUCAAGAAUGUUUUCCACAUUUAAAUUUUGCCUUAAUUUCUACCAUACUGCCUUUGAAGAAAGCCUGUAUAGUUCUCUAGGGACUGACUUUUUAAAAAAAAUGCCAUUUUACCACAGAUUAGUCUGUGCACCUCCAGCUGUGUUUUAUGUCUUCAACUUUCCCUGAAAUGGAGUAAAUGUCUUUUCUAUAGUUCUGGGUCUAAUUCUAUUCUUGAUAGUCAAAGGUCAUAGAAAAUAACUCAUCUGAACAACUGUUCUAAAAGUGAUAGAUUUGUAUUUGAUGGUGUUAUAUUCUAAAUAAAACCCAUCAGCAUGGGGUUAUGUAGAAAAGCAAUUUAUUCCAUUAUAAGCACUUACAUAGUUAGUCAUGAAGAGUAACAGGCCUGCUGGUGAAACAGGUCACCUAAAAUGGAGAUGGUAUCAAACUAGUGGUCAAGGACUAACUUCUAAAAAAAAAAAAGCAACUCUUAUCAAGGAUUAAUUUAAUUUUAAAAACAAAUAUAAGCUAUCAAAUCAACCUUCUCAACUUGACAGUAUAC